AUGAAACGGAAAGCCUUCUCGGACGAUAUUGUAAUGUUAGUGAAGCCCGAAUUACGACGCCGAUUGAACCGAACAACGCAACUAGAGCUGCUAACGCAGAAGGCUGAGCCCAGGGUGAAAGCAGCCCCUGACGCCGUUGAUAUUGUGUUUGUGUUUCAAAACACAUCGUUCCCUUAUCAGCGCGAGUUCACAGAUCUUCUUUGCAUGGGUGUCGUCAACUGA